AUUCACGGAGAUGGGAUGAUAGACUUGUCUCUUGUCUCUCUUCUUACGCGUGUGACUGUGUGAGUGACAACGACACUUACGUUUGGAAGGUUUGGAAGAUCCCGACGUCGUUCGUUUGUUUAUACUUUUAUAUUAUCUUCCUUCAAAAACGUCAUCAUGGUACGUGGGGGCAGGGGUGGUAUAAUCCGAGGUGGGAGAGGCGGUAUGGGCAGAGGAAUGGGAUUUCCUCGCAAACAAUUUCUUCCUCGCCAUCCGUUCGAUUAUACGUUGUGUGAAGUUGCUUUUCCACCAGUAAAACCAGUUCCUGAUGAGUCUGACUUUACCAUGGCACUCAUAAAGAAAAAUACCGAUAUGUGUCCAACGCCAAAGGAACAAUCCUCCAUUCUUGACUUAGUUGUACGACUCCAAACUGUAUUGGACAAUUUGAUUGUAGCACCGGGUACUUUUGAAUCUUGUCAACUGGAAGAAGUCAGAAAAGUUGGCAGUUUCAAAAAGGGAACUAUGAUAAAGGGUCACAAUAUCGCGGAUAUUGUGGUCAUUUUAAAAACUCUUCCAACAAAAACAGCUGUUGAAGCACUGGGUACAAAGGUUCACACAGACCUUAAAGCAGCUAAUCCAAAGGAAACAUCCAAAUUGGUUCAAACAGAACGAGGAUUCGAUAUCUCGAAUAACGAAGCAACCGUGAGGAUUCUCAUAACAACGCUACACCAGAACUUGAGAAAAUUGGAAUCGGAUCAACAUCUGGACGUUAAAAUUUGUCAAGGACACCUCGCCGCGAUUCGGCACUCGCGAUGGUUCGAAGAAAAUGCUCAUCACUCAUGCAUCAAGAUUCUCAUUCGUUUGCUCCGUGACUUGCGUAGCAGAUUUGAAGGUUUCGAACCGAUGUCUCCAUGGAUGUUGGAUCUCUUGGCCCAUAAUGCCAUUAUGAAUAAUCCGGGUCGACAAGCGCUACCAAUCAAUCAAGCAUAUAGAAGAGUACUUCAGUUGUUGGCAUCAGGUUUAUUCCUCCCAGGCUCAGCAGGCAUUUCGGAUCCAUGCGAAGGCGGUAACAUUCGGGUUCACACAGCCAUGACACUGGAGCAACAAGAUUUAGUUUGUCUAACAGCGCAAACUCUUCUUCGUGUACUGUCUCACGGAGGCUACAGACCUCUUUUGGAAGGUGGCAAUAAGCUCGCAGUGGAGAUGAGCGUUUGGGCAGGCGGAGUUGUAGCAAGUCCUCUGGACAAAGCUUACGAACCACCAACGGAGCAAGAGCAACAGGAGGACAUGGAAGAGAGCAACGAGGAAAUGAUGACUGAAAGCUCUUAGAGUGAAAGCUCUCUGAACCAUUCGAAUUUUGUAUUUCAAUGUCGAUUUUAUUACCGUACGAAUUAAGCAGUGUUCGAUGAAUUACAAUGGAAUCAUGGAAUCAUGUUUUUUGAUCACAAAGGUGAUUUGAGCAAUUUACAUUUCUGAAACAGUGUUCUAAAUCUCAGUUUUCACAAAUCCUUGAAAAUAUUUCAUGUUCCACUUCACUCAAUAAAUAUAUCGUCUCAAAAUA